GGAAAAGUCACUUUUUCUCCAACUCCAACUUUCCCAUUCAUCAUCACAUAUUGAAUCAAAAUGUAUCCGUCAAACAAUUUGUCGACUUCAAUACAAGUUGUGUAUACUUCAUUGCGAGUCAAGUUGAAGAGCGAUUUCUCAGCUGUCAAAUAAUGUCAGAAUCAAUCAAUGGGUCAGCAAUUAAUGGGUCAGCAAUUAAUGGGUCCUCAAUACUGCCCUCACACACACCAUCAGCGGCGCCAUUGCCGUCGACGCAACCGAGCAAUUCGGAUCGUCCAAUACAAGGGCGUCAACGAGCGAGAAGAGCUUGUCUUCCGUGUCGGCAACGGAAGAGAAAAUGCGAUGUGGAAUUUCCCUGUUCAAUGUGCACGCGGUAUGGAUACAAUUGUCGAUACCCCGAUCAGCAUAAUCCACCAAAUCCCAAUCUUUCACCUAUACGGACAAUUCUCCCAGGCCACAAUGACAUGAGGCAUGGCUUUUCAUCAACAACAAAUCACACGCCUAGACGUCAGAGUAUCACGAAUUCUCAAUCUCCAUCCACAUCGUCACAAGAUGUUGUUGAUCGUGGUAUUCUUGAUCCUUUGAGAUCACGAUAUAUGAGUCAGCAUUCUGCGGUUGCUUUCCCCAGAAGUCUUGGUGUGGAAUUUCAAUCCGCAAAUCCACCACCUCUUCAUUCUUUUGCUUGGAAUUGUGGGAUUAGAGCUGAGGAAGCUGCGUCUGCUCAUACCAAUUUAACUCAAUUGGUUUCUUUUGAUGAUUUCAAGCGGUUUUCGGACAUAUAUGCGGCAACAGUUCAUGGUCCAUUUGGAUUCCUGGAUUGGCCAUACUUUAUGAGACGGUGUAAUGAUUAUUGGACUAAUCAAGGAAGAGAUUUGACAUUUGGUGCUGUUGUUGGUGGGGUGGUAGCUUUGGGAUCAUUUUUUGCUUUUCGACUCGGCCAUCCUCGGGAAUUGGAAAUUGUCCAGCACGUAAAAACGGUUCUAGAGGAUCCCACAUUUAGCCGCCAUCCUUCAAUUGAUCAAAUCAAUGCAUGGAUCCUCCGGACCCUGUAUCUUCGAUCGACGACCAGACCUCACGUUGCGUGGCUUGCUAGCUGUAUCGCCUUGCAUUUGGCUGAAGCUACAGGCUUACAUCAGGAAGUCCACUCGGUACUAUUGACUACGGAAGGAGAUACUCAAGCAAAAAGAAUGGAUCAAGCAGAAAUAGAAAGAGCCAGAAAAACUUUCUGGAUGGCCUGGUCUGUUCAUACGAUUAUCUCGUAUGAAUAUGGGAGAUCGGCAGUAAUUCUCAAUAGUAUAAGUUGCAAGCCAGUCAAGGAUACUAUGGGUGACAGUUCAGUUGUCCACAUCAGGAUUGCUCAACUAAUCCCUCGCGAUAACAUGGUCGUCAGUUCCGUAACACAUAAAGAGGAGCUAAUAAACGGAUUGAAAGAAUUGGCACAGAUUCCAGACGUACAUCCGUUCCUUUCACUCUCUAAAGCAGAUGUAUGUUUUUGUUUCUAUAGAAGGUUAAGGCUUAUGAAACAAGGAUUGGAGAAAGAAGCAAUCCAAUCUAUCAUUGACAUAGGAAACAAAGGUGCCGAAGCAGCAGAUACAUUUGCCCGUAAUGGUCAUCCUUGGUGGAAUAUCCUCUCAACCACCUUCCAAUACUUUUGUGUCCUCCUCGCCAUCGAUACCUCGGAAAGUCUAUCAAACGUUUCGUGGGUCCUAAAUAUUUUCGAGAAUAUUGUAAGGAUAGUAGAUACACAUUUAGCGCACGAAGCGUUGGACACUGCAAAGGUUUUGCUGAGAGACAGUAUGGCGAAAAAGAGGAGGGAUUUGGGAUUUUUGGAAAAUGCGGAUGGACAGCAUGGGCCGGAAACAGAGAGGCAGGUCGAUAUUAAUUGGGAUGCGUUGUUGGACCCAACAUUUCCAGAUGCACUGAUGAGUGAGGACUUUUCGAUUUAUAAUAAUUAAUGUGUAGAAUUCGACUAAUAAGGCUGGGGUUUGGAACGUGGGUGGCGUUGGCUGAGAGAAGUUGUCGGGACUCGAGUGUAUGUAUAUGCGGGGUAUAGUUUUGGCAUGUCGAUUCUGCGGUUUCACAUGCAUUAGUAUAUGGACAUGUGGAUUAUCUGGAAGAAAGAUGGACUCUGGAAUUAACCUUAGCCCAUGGGUUGGAAGGAAUCGAAUACAUGGAUGGUGGAGUUGAGCAUUAACCUUAGUUCUUGGUUUGAAAGAAUCGAAUACAUAGUACAUGUAUGCCGAGUACAACUUCAGUACUGGAGUGAAUGGGCAAAAUCAAAACAAAAGAGGGGCUCGCUGA